AUGGUCUGACUGAUUGCGCCGACAGUGAAUGUUGCGUCAAAGAUGAAUGCAAAGAUAAUAUAAUGUGUGUCACUGCUCCUGACCCCCUGGAUAUACUUUUGCGAAAGCAACCGCCAGCCGUUACUGCAACAUUUUAUCAAAAAAUGAAAUUUUUAAUAGAAGAAGAUAGUGUACAAAGUUAUGCUCACCGUGAUGAGUAUUCAGAAAGCCAGUUCUGGACAGCUUUUGCAAAGAGCCGUGUUUCCGUGAUCAGAGGUCGAGUGGUAAAUAAGGAAAGAACAGGAUUAAUUGCAGUGAGAGUCAGUGUCGCAACAGAUCCACAAUUCGGAUUCACAUUGACGAGAUUAGAUGGUUG